AUGCCAUCAGACGACUACACCCCCAUCGUCCGGGGCGGUCUAAAACUAAAAGGUGCCUCCGCCCCCUCGGGCAUAAAGAAGAAAAAGAAGAAGUCGAAACCGACCGUGAACGAAGAAGGACUCUCAAAGGCGAUCGACUCGGACGCCGGUUCUAGCAAGAAAGCGGCAGCACAGGAAGAAGAAGGGUUGGAUUUGCGCGAAUUGGAGCCUAAAGACUUCGAUGGGAAGACGGCGACGGAACGUGCUUAUGAAGAGACCAGACGGAAACGUUUAGAACGCCGCCUCGAGAAAGAAGGGCCGAAAACACAUAAACAGCGGGUGGAAGGGCUGAAUACGUAUCUGAGUACGUUGAGUGAACAUCACGAUAUGCCGCGUAUUGGACCUGGAUAA